AAUGAAAUAUUUCCAAAUACAUUUUAUCAGUGUUAUAGAUAUGUAUUACCGUUUGGACGUAAUUAGCCAUUUUAGCUGACUAUAAAAUCAUUUUUGGACAACGACAAUCAUAUUUCCCAUUCACCUGAACUACAUGAAAGCAACAUCAGAGUUGUCCCGCCCUCUUUCCCUCAAUCCCAGCCUGUGAUUGAUCCAGAGUUCCAUCACUCACUCACGUGAAUGGACAAUUCCAAAAACCGAGUCAUGUUUCCUCUCAGCCAAUCAGAGCCCCGCGUUGUGAUGACACCGUGGGAUUCCGCGAAAUUGUUUCUUGGAGUUGAGAGAAGUGCCGCUCUCAGUAAAAUAGGACAAGUUGACGCAUGUGUGGGAGAGCACAGAAGGGCGGAAUAAAAGCAGACACAAUAGCUCAGACGGUAAACGGUGUGUUUUGUUGAUCCAGAGUUUAGAAAAAAGGGAACUAGAGGGAGAAGCAGUGGGGAAGAGGAUUCAAAGUGCUACCUUUCCUGUGGGGGUGUUUAUUUAUCCGCCCUGCAAGCUCAACAAGAAAACGCAGCCUUUGCGGAAUAGUCACAUUGAAGACGACACGUGUGGAUGCUUAACCACAUGUUUUCUGGGAGGACUGCGGACUUAUUACUUUAUUAAACCCUAUCGACACUGCAGAAUUGCUCUUGAGUCGCCUAUAUAUUGCUACUGUAUAUACAUUGUUUCUUUUUUCCACCCGGAUCUGCUGUAGUGAUGUCAGAGGUGGUUGUCUCUGCAGACUGUGACCCCAGUCGACCAACGGGGCGGACAGAGGACAUGUUGAAAGAGACCCAGGAGAACAGGACUUUACUGAUGGUGGCAAUGAUUUUAUUGGACUUGAACAAAUGCAACCCGAACGCCAUCAGCCCCGCAGAGAGCAGAUGUCUCGGGGGCAUCGACGCCGGCGCACAGGAGAAGGUGGAGCGGGGGAGUUGCCGGUUGAACGCCGGGGACAGCCGGGGCUCAGGGGCAGCCAAACAGUCCCGGAACAAGAAGACGACGGUCGUGGCGAGACAGGAAUCCCCUGAGAAAAGACACUGCUGUCCCUUUACUGGCUGUGGGAAGAUGUACGGCAAGUCGUCCCACCUGAAAGCCCACCUAAGGGUCCAUACCGGUGAGCGGCCCUUUGAAUGCACCUGGACAGACUGUGGUAAGAAGUUCUCCAGAUCAGACGAGCUGACGCGCCACUACCGCACACACACCGGCGAGAAGCGCUUCAACUGUCCACUGUGUGACAAGUGCUUCAUCAGGAGCGACCACCUGACUAAACAUGCCCGGCGACACGCAGGCUUCCAUCCCAGCAUGCUUCAGGGUUCCAGUGCAGCCAAGAGACGCCGCUGCUCCGUGUCCUUGUCCUCAUCUGACUCUGGAGACCAAAGCCCUGUUGGGGUGUGAGACACACCCACACUGUUGUACAUAUAUGCAAAAAGGUACAUGCAUUAGAUACACAGGCAAAAGCAAACACACCUAUAUGUGUGGUGUGUUCACCUUUAAACAAGCCCUGUCAAAUCAAUCAAAUCAAGCAGGCAGACCACUAUUCAAAAGGUUUUCUAUGCAUGUUACUUUGUGCAGCAAACUUAAAUAUAUAUUUGAACUGGACUAUAAUCUAACUAGAACUAGGCCCUUCUUAUUCUCUGAAGUGAUCUGUAUUUAUUAAGGGUUAUUUAGGGCCUCCCAGGUUCCAGUUGUUUUACAAUUUGUAAUUAUUUUUCUUUGUGAAGUGUGUGCUUUCCUGGAAGAAUCUGCAAUAUGAUAGGCAUUCAUAUACGUAAAUAUAUAGUUUUCAUUAACACUACAUGUCUUCACUUUCCGCCAGAAACUUAAUUAGCAGUU